AUUGCACAUGAACAGAAUAUAAGGAAAUAAGCCAAGCGAAGGGAGAAAUCGUUUAUAUAUCUCUCUCAAACCUCCGUUGGUUCGCUUCUAACCCUAGCUAGGGUUUUCAUCGUCCACAUCCACCUAUCAGUUUCGAUUCAAGAUAUUUAUUGUUUGAUUUCUUUGUCUCUGUUCUUGAAUCCAAGCUUCGUGUCGGAAUCCUUGAAGAGACAUGUACGGAUCCAGGGGGGCAAUGUAUGGGAGCGGGGGGUUAUCGGAUGGGUACGAGAUCGGCUCAAAGAGACCAAGAAUGAUGGAAUCCAAUCCCUACUUCGCAGUGAGCAGCGGUUCAGGCGGCUACCAUCCGUACGACUACACCGGUGGAUUCCAGCCUUCAACAUUUCCCGUGGUCCGUCUUAGAGGCCUGCCAUUCAACUGCACAGAUGUUGAUAUCUUCAAGUUUUUUUCUGGACUGGAGAUCGUGGACGUGCUGAUGGUCAACCAGAGUGGCCGGUUUUCUGGAGAAGCGUUUGUGGUAUUCACGCGAUCAAUGCAGGCUGAACUCGCCCUCCAAAAAGACCGCCAGAACAUGGGCCGGAGGUACGUGGAAGUGUUCAAGUGCAAGAAGCAGGAUUACUAUCAUGCUGUGGCGGCUGAGGUGAAAUACGAAGGGAUCUUUGAUAACGAUUACCAUGGAAGCCCGCCACCAUCUGCUCGAUCUAAAAGAUUUCAAGAUAAGACUCAACUGGAGUACACUGAGAUCCUGAAGCUAAGAGGGCUCCCAUUUUCCGUCAAGAAAUCAGAGAUUCUCGAGUUCUUCAAAGACUUUAAGGUUGCGGAUGGGAAAGUACACAUUGGUUGCAGGCCAGAUGGGAAAGCGACAGGGGAGGCAUAUGUGGAGUUUGAAUCAGCCGAUGAAGCGAAGCAAGCCAUGUCGAAAGACAAGAUGAUGAUCGGGUCACGCUAUGUGGAGCUGUUCCCUUCGACUCCAGAUGAAGCGAGGCGAGCCGAGUCUAGAUCUAGGCAGUAACAAGAAGUUUGUUUGUGGUUUCUGUGGGCUUCACAUUGGUAUUCCUUCCAGAUUUUGCAAAUGUGAUAUUAUUAUCAUCUUUUUUUGGUUUUGUUGACUAUGUUCAUCAGUCAGACAUUGAUGAUUAGAUCUUCACAUGUUAUGGUAUUUGCCAGAACAUCAGACUUAUUUUCAUUAUAAUGUUUUUGCUUAGUUUUUGAUAUAUUGUUUAGUUCGUGUUUGUAGUUUA